AUGGAAGCUCUCCACGACCUCGUGAAAAGCGGCAAAGUCCGCUAUAUUGGUGCAUCCUCCAUGUGGACGUGGCAAUUCAGCGAAUACCAACAUAUUGCCGUCAUCAACAAGUGGACUAAAUUCAUCUCCAUGCAAAACCACUACAGUCUCCUCUACCGUGAAGAAGAGCGAGAAAUGAUACCCUACUGCAAAGCCACCGGGGUUGGUCUCAUCCCCUGGUCACCCCUCGCUCGCGGCCAUCUUGCACGACCCGCUGGAACCGGGGGUAAGAGUUUACGGGGUGGGAUGGAAGAGAAUAGAUCGAAAUCGGCUUUAAAUGGACUGUACAUGAUAGGGGCAACAGAGACGGAUGCAAAGAUCAUAGGGCGGGUUGAAGAAAUUGCAAAGAAGAGAGGGUGGAGCAUGGCUACGGUAGCGUUGGCGUGGAUCAAUGGAAAGGUCACAGCGCCGAUUAUAGGGAUGGGGAGUGUGGAGAGGGUUUUAGAAGGAUUAGAGGCGGGUUCGAAGUUGUUAGAUGAGGAGGAGGUCAAGUAUUUGGAGGAACUGUACGAGCCGUUACCAGUUAUAGGACAUAACUAA